GCAUUGUCCUAAUCUCAAUCAUUAGAGAAAAUAACCACUCGACACCAACCAUCAAACAUGCCCAUCGCCUUCGCGUUGUCACCAAGAGCUAUGACCGCUUUAGGCGCCAUGGCACUGAUAACCCUCUGCUUCCAAACAUUCGACUCUUCAGCAACUCCGUCCCAGUCCGAUGCCAUGACGCUCGCCCGUCUCAAUAUUGUUGAUCAACAAAUGGCUACUCUUCGGGCAACAAUGAAUCACGUCCUCAAGGAAACAAACACCACAAUUCCCUCCAACCUGAAAUGGCCAGCACAACCCACUGCAUCAGACGACGCGCCCUUUUCGCAAAUUGUGAAGAUGCUCUUUUUCAUUGUCGCAAUGAUAGGGUGGGCAAAUAGCUUGGUCACCUUGUACUCCGAAGCUGGAGCUGCGGCGGAUAAAAUGAUGGCGGCAGGUUUGUGGGGUGCUUGUGCUGCGUUUGUCAGCCUUUGGUUUCUCGGAGAGCCUAAAGAGUGGUAUGGGUACCUGCUGGGUGCUACAUGGGGCUUUUAUGCGGCCAUCUUCUUAUGGAGGACGUUUGCUGAACAGGAAUCUCAUGUUGAGGUCGACGGUCUGAAAGCGUAAUACCUGUGGGCAAUUCUUCCUCUCCACACGCCGAAGCCUAUCAUACU